AUGGGGUCGCGGGGGGGCCAUGAUGCAGUGGUGCAGAUCACCUUGGUCUUCCAAUCCCAGUCCACCUUGCAGGAGGUCAGACUCAAAGACCUGACUCAGAAGCUGAACACCCUGAACCACUCCUACCUCCUCCUCUUCCACAAGUACCCAGCACUCAACCAGUACUGUCCCGUCACCAAUAGCAACACCAAUGAGCGUGUCUGCAUGCCAUGCCCAGAGGGAUGGGAGUCUUUUGGGGAGAGAUGCUACCUAUACACACAUGACAGACGGGACUGGAUUUCCAGCCAGUACCACUGUCUGUCUGUAGGGGGCAACCUUGCCAUGGUGAAGAGUGAGGAGGAGCAGGUGCGACAGCCAUGA